UCCUUACAAUAAGGACUAUAAGGACAAAAGUUUCAUUUCCGUACAGCUGCCCAAGUUAACGAUACACCCACAUUUGUUUCGUCUUUUGCGAAUAUACAAAAUAGAACUUGCGAAUAUCUUGUGUAUCUAGUUUAUCAUUACAGGUACAAUACAAUUAUUGCUGUAAUGAAUCAAAACCUAUUUUGCAUAAAUUAAGGGAAAAUAUUGGGGCUUUUCAUGAUAAAACGGCAACAGAAAUGACUAACGCGUACCCCACUUAAAGAUUGCCUUUUUUAUCAGCGAUUCUUUAUCAUUGAGGUUUUAAUGCUCCGACAUAACGGUCUUAUUCGAUUUCAACAGAUAAAAAUAUAAUUUCAAUGAUUCUUUAUUCAAAACAAUAUUGAACGUCGACCUAAGUUGUUUAGUGUGUGAAUGAAAGUCUUGCGCAAAAAAAAGUGUUUAGUGUUAAAAAAUGGCCUUUGACAGAUUAAUAUUGAAGAUUGUAUUGGAUCUUCUUGUUUUAGCAUGUGUUGGUGUACCUUUGCUCGUGAUACAUUUGGUGGCGGAGCCCUACCACCGAGGUUACUUCGCCAACGAUCUGAGUUUAAUGCUGCCGUAUAAGCCGCAGACGAUUUCCGAAGGCCUGCUGGCGGGUGUUGGAUUCGCUAUCAACGUUGUUACGAUAAUAAUUGUGGAAAUUGUGAGGAAUAAGCAGGGAAGGGGCUUAGGAGACAAGUUCCUCUUCGGAAACCUGAUCUCUGGGUGGAUUUGGGAGACCUAUACGUCGAUUGGCGUCUUUACAUUCGGGGCGGCCUGCCAGCAGCUUACUGUUAACUCUGCCAAAUACGUCAUCGGCAGGUUGAGACCGCAUUUCUUUGAUAUUUGCCAACCAGUGCCAAACGCAUCGCCAACGCUCAACGCGUUGGGCUACAUCCAAGACUUCACGUGCGCUGGACCGAACGCAGACGUGGCCCGUCUCAAGGACAUGCGACUGUCCUUCCCAAGCGCUCACUCCAGUUUCGCGAUGUACAGUGCUGUGUUCUUUAUUUUCUACAUCCAAGUGAAGGGAAAAUGGCGCGGCUCAAAGCUCCUACGUCACGGCAUCCAGUUCGCCAUGCUAAUCGGCGCGUGGUACGUUGGACUGUCUCGCGUGGUGGACCACAUGCACCACUGGAGCGACGUGGCCGUUGGCUUCGCUGUCGGCGCACUGUAUGGUGUUAUUGUGUUUAUCUUCGUUUUGAAACCGAAGAAAUAUGGAGCACCUGCGUCAUGGGAAACUGGUCCCCCCGAAAUGUUGCCAAGGCCGGUGCUAUCGAGGUGACCUGACUCGAAAAGUGAAUGUAGUGAUUUUUUUUUUCAAAGUAUCAUAUUCUCUUGGGUAUAAUUAUAUAAAAGUGCUUUAUUUUUAAACGACUCUAAAAACUAGAUAAAUCCCUAUUGUUCAACAUGAAAAUUAUCUAGGUCAGAUUUAUCUAGAUUUAUUUUUAAUUUGAUAUAGGUAAAUCUAGACGAAUCUGACUAGUAAGUAUUCCUUGUGUAAUGUGUUUAAAACAUUUUUCUAAAUGCUUUUCGAAUAGUGACUAGACUAGAAAAGUCUGUAUCCAGGCGUAAGAUUUUUAUAAAGUUAAGUCGCUAUUGAGUUAUUUAAAAGUGCGCAAUUAAAGAAAUUAAAUAACCGUGCAAGUAUUUUGACAGUUCAAAAUGGCGUCCAAGAGCCGCCAUGUUGCAUUUCCUUCCAAAAAAUUAUAGCUAGUGUCAAUUCUCACGGCUAACAUGGGCAGGAGACAAAAAUUUCAUCCUUCGAUUAUAUCUACUGAAAAGGGAUACAAAUCAUAUCUCCAGUACUAAAGCACAGAAACAGGAAAGGUUUACUGCCGUGUGAUAUUGCACGUAGUUGUAAUAUUCCCACCCGUGCGCCCGUUAACAUUUUGUCCUUUCCUCGUGCCGAAAAUGACUCCUGGCCUUGAUUGAUGAUUUUAUGCUUCUAACGAUAGCCUUUAUAUUGAAAUCUGUCUAAGCACUAAAAAGUAAAGGUGGUACCAAGAAAUUCACAUACAUUAGCUCAAAAUGUCCCUUAUUAGUAUCCUGAAAACAUUCAACAUAUAUUAUGGGCAAAAAUGUAAAAAUUAAUUAUUGAUAUUGAAGAAAUAAACAGAAUACAUAAUUGAAAUGUAAAGUAAGUUUCUAAAAGUAACCGCUUAUUAGUCCACACAAUCUUCUUCAUAAUAAAAUACCCUUUGAUAAUUUUUUUAUAUGACGUUUGGUAUGGUAUGGUCCAGUCAUUAAAAGCGGUACAACAAUAUUUAUAGAAAGUUGUCUGUAGUGUAAAAUGAGUCUGAAAGGUGAUAUUGUAAAGAACCUAAAAAAAAAACUAUUUUUCAUCAUGGCGGUACGAGUGACAGUGGUACGAGGAGGAAAAGCGACAAAACAACAACUUCCUUUAUUGGCAGAGAUAUCUAUAAAACUAUCAAAUGACUGGAUUAUUAAUUUAUUGACAUAAUUAAUUUUAAGUAAGUGUUAAUUUAGUAAGUGUAAUAUAUUAAAUUUAAGAUUUUUCAUAUUUAAAUUUUAUAACUGUUGUCUUAUUUGUAGUCUGUUUUUACCCUAAUAAAAGCUAGGGCUAUUUUCUAAGUUACUAAACACUUAAAGUAGAUAGUUACCUGCAACGACCCUUUUAAGCAUUCCAUUAUUUUAUAAAAAGAAAAUAUCCUAAUAUUAAACAUAAGUUGUAUGUAUUAUUUAUAUUGUACUUACUAUCUUGUAUACAUAGAUAAAUUAAAAUGAUAGAUGCAACAGAAGUUCCAUCCCUUUCGGAACAUUAUCCUUGAUGGCCGUAAAUUAUCAAUUUAUAUUAGUUAUGGGAUUUUUGUGUGCAGCUAAAUAGUACCUACUUAUGUGUGCGUAUUAAAUUGUCAGUAUUUUGUGUGAAGAUUUGAAAGGAAUUAUAUAUUAUUAUUACAAAACUG